AGCGAAAGUAGGAAGUAUAUUUUGACAAUUAAGCGCAGUAUUUGUCAGACAUAAAAAUCUCUCCUCAAUGUUUGAGCGUAUUUCUUCUUUAACUGAAUAUGUGACAUAAACUUGCCGUGAUAGAAUUCACCAAUAGUUCAUAAACAUGAAUCCAUUUUGUAUUCCACAUGCAGAUCAAGUGGGGCAUAUUGCUUUGUUUCAACUGCAACAAUUCAAAGAAAGAGCUAAAGAAUGUCUGAGGCAUGAAGACUUUGGUAACGCUUUUCAUUAUUACAAUGAGGCUGUGAAGCAUUGCAAUGUGUUCGCCCAUUUUCCGAAUGUCCAGGAAGAACAGCCGAAACUUCUCAGCAAUCGUUCAAUGGUUUUAAGUAAAACUGGACACUUUGAAUUGGCUUUAACGGACGCUCAACAAUGUAUUGGAAUGAAACCUUUUUGGGAAAAGGGAUAUUGGCGGGCUGCUACUGCCUACAAAGGUUUGAACAAUAUGUAUGAAGCUCUGAAUAUGUUGAUACAAGGCUACAAUGCGACACUACCCCAGCGUAAUCAAGGCAUUAUAAUUGAUUUCCUACAGGAAAUCAUCAUCACAAUCAUUGACCCUCUUGUGAACAGAUAUCAAGGUGAUUGCUAUUUCCUUUUGGCUAACUUGGAACAUAACAUUGAGUCCCUCGGCGCCGAAGUUCAAGAGAAAAUUUUACAACGAUUGGCAAGCAGUCAACAAUGGGAAGGCAUUAGUUUGCUUGUCACAGGAGUACACAGAGGCCCGGAGAGUUUUCUGGAUUAUUCGUUUACGAACGUUUCUGCAGAGAAAAUUUCGGUAGGCUGUCUUUUGAAAGAUCUCUCCAUCACUGAUUUAAAAGGAUAUGGGAUGCAACUUGCUGCAGCGCUUCUAAAAAAUGGUGCUUCUUAUCAAGAUAUCGAAUUAAAGUGGGGUUCCCCUGUUCUUCAUGUCGUGCUUGUUAAAACAUUGGAAACUGGGAACGAGGAGCUGAUGAAAUUGAUCUUGAGGAAAUAUUUGGACACCCAAGACAAAAAGAACGUAGUUGAUACAUAUGGUCAUUCAGCUCUUCACGUCAUAACUCAGUUUAGACCUUGUUGCGAUGAAAGGAAUAAGUUAUUGUCAAUUUGUAUUGAAUCGGGUUGCAACGCUUUUAUUUUUGACAAAUCUGAAAAACUUUCCAUAGACUACUGUGAACCGAAUGACAAAUGCUUCGAAUCUUUAUCAAGAAUAUUUGGGGAUACUGAUACUGUUCGAAAACAUGUUGUCGGACUCAAAGAGAAAGGAAAUACAGCAAAGGAGGAGAAACAAUACGAACAGGCUCUCCUUUAUUAUAGCAGAGCCAUAAAUUUGUCCACGCGAUGUGACAGUUUACAAAGAGACAGCGCUAUGCUUUAUACCAACAGAUGUACAGUUUACUCGGAACAAAACAAUCUACAAGAAGCCAUAAAAGACGCGGAGUUGGCAAUCAAAAUAGACAACACAUGGAUAAAGGGUCAUUGGAGGAAAACACAGUUGCUUCGAAGAAUAGGACAGAACUUAGAAGCCUUUUCCGCUGCUGUUGUAGGACUAAGUAUAUCCGAGGUUGCCCAGAAAGAAAAAUGUGAACUUGUCGUGGAAUGUGUAAAAUCAUUUCAAUACCUUACUGAUUCAGAAAAGAAGGAAAAGUAUACUACCUUCUCAGACAUCCCAGUUCAAUUUUGGCCUUCUGUGUUGCAAAAACUCAGCAAGGAAACAGAAUGGUUAUGCAUAAAACAAUUGGUUUUGGGAAUAGAACAAAACAAUGAUGAAGUAAAAGGUAUCGCCAGGGAUACAGACUUCAGCACGAUAAGAUACGAUAAUCUUUUUGCAUUCAUCAUUGGACAGCACAAUUUAGAGACUGUUAGCUCUUGGAUUGUUCCCCUUAUUAUACAUAUAACCACAAAACCAGAAGGAAGCAACAACUUAAUGAGGUUCAAAGAGUGGGAAGGCGACACACCAUUACAUGCAGCAGCAAAAUUCUCGAUCCUUACUGGAAAUGCUGCACUUUUGAGAUACAUGGAGGAGAUUUCAAAGAAGGUGAAUAUUUAUGAUGGUUUAAAGAAUUCGCCGCUUCAUUCCAUUGUGAAAAUGCCUAGACCAUCCCAAAUCGACAUUUUCCCAGAAGUUGUCGAAAUGCUACUCCACUUUGGUGUUUCAGCUGAUCUGCUUGAUAAAGAAGGGAAAACCGCUGUAGACUACAUUGAUCAGGCCAAAUAUCCUAGAAUAUUUGAAAUUCUGGAAAGAAAAAGUAAUGAAUUAAAAGCACCACAAACUGAUGAGGAAAGCAGCGAAAAAAACUCUCAGAUGACUGAAAACAACCAAGGAAAGGGAUCAGUGUUGACAAGCUCAAAUCGUGGGAAAGACCGAUCUAUAAAACGAGAAAUAACCAAAAAUACUGCAAAUCCUCAACACCAAGAACAAGUUAAAACAUGUGAUAGCCUUUCUUCCAAUAACACAACAGAAUUGGUAACAAAUGAAUUUGAAACAUCAAAGAACGAAGGUGAUAGAAUGUUCAAAGAAAGAAAAUACGAGUCCGCGUUGAAAUCAUACAGAAAAGCAAAGGAGUUCAUGAAAAUCGCCAAAGACAGUGAAGUCAUUUCAAUAUUUUGCAAGAUGGCAGAUUGUUAUCUUAAUUUUGAGCAAUUCAAAAAGAUCAUUGAAGAAAGCAAGCAUUUUAUAUCAUUCCUUGGAAACUCUUUCCAGGCUCAAUUUAGAAUCGGUAAAGCCUAUGCUGGUCUACGGCAACAUAGUGUAGCAGUUAAAACAUUCUGUAUUGCAUACGGCUUGACAAAUGCAAAUCACGAUGAUUUACUAUAUGAACUCGCCAAAACCUACACAAGCUGUAACUUUAAAGAGUCUAAAAGACAAUUAGAUAUGCAAGAAAAAAAGGACGAAAGAAGGCAAGAUUUAAAAACAUUUCAACUACAAAUGAAGGCUGAGAAGGAAAAGCGAGUGGAACAAAAGAAGCUGGAGAGAAAAAGAAGGUUUAAUUUUGUUAAAAACUUUUAA